GGGACUCCAGGAUCAUGACCUGAGCUGAAGGCAGUCGCUUAACCAACUGAGCCACCCAGGCGUCCAGUGAUAGAGUUGUUUUAUAUCUGCUGUUUUAUAUCCAUAUGGUAGCCACUAGUCACAUUGGGCUUUUGAGCAGUUGAAAUGUUGCUAGAGAGAUGGAGGAAUUGAAUUUUAAGUUUCAAUUUAUUUCAAUUAAUAUUAAUUUAGGUAAAUUUAAAUUAUAUUGCUAUUUAUGGCUUGUCCCUACCAUCUUAGACAACAUUCCCUAUUGAGACAGCCUACAUAUGUGAAGGCACUCACAGCAUCAUUCACUUCACUUAACCAUUCUGGCUUCCAGUUUGCUCUUUCUUUAUGGCCCCUAGAAUUUAUCUUACUCUUUUAACUGGGCUUUUAAAAGGACAUUCAAUUGUUUUUUUUUUUUUUUUAAGGACAGUUAAUUUUAUCUUGUGUUUUUUUUGUGAGCUGGAGAGGUUUUAUAUUAUUUAGUUCACAGUAUUGCCAGAAGUGGAACAUAGUCUCUGCUUUCAUUUUCUCUUCCCUCCAAUCCAUCAUCUUUACUGCAAAGCAACUUUUCCAAGAUGCAGAUCUGUUCUUGUUACAUUUCUGCUUUCAAGAGUUCCCUCUUGUCUCAGAAUGCAGCCCAAGUUCAGUGUGGCAUACGAGGUCCUGUGUAACCUAACUCCUGCCUCUUCCCUCAGCCUUACCUUUUAUUGCAUCUUCUUGUACUUCAUAUGCAAGCGAUGUCAAAUACUUGUAAUUCCUUAAACGUGUCCUGCUAUUUCAUUCCAUAGGUACUUUGUUCAUCUUGCUCCUUCUACCUGGAAUGCUCUCCCAACCCAACCCCCCUCCCUCCCAUCUGCUAACCACCAUCUGCCCACCUUUUACAGCAGCUCGCACAUUCCCCUCCUCUCUGAAGGCCUUACCGACUCCUGUUUUCACCUCUUCUGCACCCUGUAUAGCAUUCAGUCACUUCACUGUAUCUCCUUCCCAGGGUGGACGCCUAGGAGAAGACUUGCUUUGGUUUAGUCUCUGGAACCGCAGCACCUAGCCUGGGGACUGACACAUGGAGGUGCUGAUGCUGGAACUUCUUUAUCCAAGAGGGUAGUGGCAUCUCUGUGAGACAUCUGUGGGGCAGCUCAAGGCACAGCUUUGCUCCAGGUACUAGAGGAUGUCUCAGUUGGGACAGGGGUAGUGUCUAUCUUCAGAGAGCUCUAAAAGUCAUUUUGAGGCUUCAAGUUCCUAAUAAGCCCAAGCUUCACAGACUCAUCCUACUUCAGUCCCAGUUCCCUGCCAGCUUCCCUUUCAUUUUCUCAGGUCGGUAUGGUGACUGCGUAGUUGAGAACCAGAGGGCCCUGCUUGUGUCUUUUCACUGAGCACCUGUGGGGCUCCACACGCCCCUCUGACAGUUCUCUUUGGACCUUUUCUUUAUUCUUGCUGUGAAGGUGAGAAAGGGCAGUGAUAGUGAGCAGAGAAUGGAUUGGGAAAGAAUGGGGCCUGGUUCAGUAUGUGGAAGGGUUGGCCUUGCCUCAGUGAGCUUUCAUAUGCUGCUGAGCUGGCUGGGGGUAUCAUUCCCUUACUCCUAGUCCAUCCACUGCUGCUCCAGGAAGGCAGUGAGCCCUUAGCCUUUCCGUUCCAGGAGGACAAGAAUAUUAGGUUUCCAAAUGAACCUUACCCAGUGCCCAGUGUUUAGCAGGUUCUUAGGGAAAUAUUUUUUGGAUUGAAACCUGCUUAGUUUGUCCCUGUCCCCCAGGAUGCCUAUGAGCUGCUGCCAUCAUGGAGAGUGGUAGGUGGUGAGAGCACUGGGCUGAGAGAAGUCUGGAUCUAACCUUAACUAGCUGUGUGACUUGGAGUAAGUUGCUUAACCUCUCUGUGUCUCAGUUUCCAGGUAUUGUGUGUAAGAUAUCUAGCUAGACCCUCAGUAUUUAUGAGGUGCUUGGUGACUGUGUCUCCCUUUUCUACAUCCUUGUGGGAUAUUUGCUCUCACUUUAUAUAUGAGAAAGUCUCUUGUCUUCCUUCUUCUCCUUGUCAUGUCUUUGUCAAGCCCUUUCCAGCCUGAAGCAAAGGCUAUGUGUGUGUGUGUGUGUGUGUGUGUGUGUGUGUGUGUGUGUGUGUGUGUGUGAAGAUUAGGGAAAACCCAGUGCAAAGAGGAGAUCCCUCCAAUACCCAGGCCACCAACUUAUUCUUUUGUGUACUCUGAUUUCUCAUCCUUAUUAUAUAUGGUCUUUUAUUCAGGGCCUCAAAUCUGAAAAAAUUGGGCUAAAAGAUCUCAUACAGAAAGUUCAUCUCCUAGAAAUACAAAAGAUAACUUCAAAGGGCUGUUACAAUUCAAGUUACAGGGGAGAUCCCUGUCCUGGAGGCACGUGUGGGAGGAGGGACUAGGCCUGCCAGGUGAGAGGAGGAGGGGAGUAUGGGGGAGUGGUGAGUGGGUCAGGGGAGCCGGCAGGUGUGGGGCGUGGGGACCGAUCUGUCAGUGUUCUCGCAGGAGCCCAGUUCUUUGCCUUCAUCCGCUGCUUUUGCUCCUUCAACUGCUUCAUUAAUUUGAGCAGAAGUCUUGGGUCAGCUUUCAGGUUAGUCGUUGGCUGCUGUUUUCCCUGUGGUAGAGCUGGGAGACUGGCUAUAAUCACUCCCAUUAGCAGUUGGCAGCUCCCCAGUCUGCUUUUUAACCUGGACUGUCUCAGCCCUGACAUCUGCCAGACCUGCUGUGACGCUCACACAUGCGGGCGGUCUGCACACGCUCUUUAUUCCCCACCUUGCCCCAUGUGGCUGGGCCUUGGCACCCGCUGCCAGAGCCAAAUCUCUCACAUUGUGAAGUCUGUGGAGACCAGGUCCAAGAAUCACUGUCUAAUGAGAGCUUUGCUCCCUGGCACUUACUGAAGUGCAAAGCUGUGGGGGACAGAACUCUGAAUGUGGCCUCAGGAAGGAAUUCAGCCCAGAAAACAUCAUUAAUGGCUUGUGCCGUGAGGAAAUGUUCUCUGGGAGGUAAAGACAAGAGCUAAGUGGAAUUAUGAUAACACCAGCUGCCUUUAGCUGAGUACAUACUCUGUGCCAGGCACUAGGCUAAACCCUUGGAACUCAUGACCUCUCUUAAUAACAGCCUGUUAAGGUAGAUAUUGGUCCCUUUUUACAGUUGGAUAAUGUGAGGCCAGAGGGGAAAUAACCAGUUCCAAAUCACCCAAGCUAAGUGGCAGAGCUGAGACCCCAGAGCAUUCUCACCAUCUAAUAUCUCUGGCAUGACUGGACAUCGAACUUUUUAAAGGUUAUGUGUGCUAGAGGCAGGUGGAAAUAGUGCAGGUUAGUGGUUCUAAAUCCCAUAUCUACCAUGGAUUAGUUGUAGAGACGGACCUCCAAGAGACUGGAAAAAGCAGUUUUGGCCCAAACUGACCCUUAUUCACAAGGCAGAUUUAGGGGCAAGGGCUGGGCAAGCAGCCACCAUGGUGCUCCCUUGUCCUCCACCAUGGUGCUCCCUUGUCCUCCUCCCUGGCACUGCAUGGUGUGAGCCCCAACAGUACAAGUUUUAACAGCAGUGGAAUCAAGGCAGGGAACUUGCAGCCUGAAGUAUGCAGAGAAGGAGGAAGGGGCAGACAAGUUUCCUGCCUUGCUUUGACGUGGCUGGGAUGUUUGCAUUAUACAUGAGCCUCAAUUUUUUUUUUUUGAGCCCCAAAUGCUCCAGUCAUUGUUUUCUCCCCUAAACCUCUAAGACCAUAACUCUACCUGCUGCCUUCCUGAGUUGCUGAUGGGUAUCCAGCCCCAGUCAUGGAAUAAAUCCCAGGGGGUGAGUCAGAAUGAGCUCUGAGCCUGCAGGGCCUGUCCAGGGUGGCAGGUUGUAAUAUUCACCAGCACCCAAUUUGAGCCUUUGUUUUUAUCAAGGUACCCGUAGCUCUAAAGGUCCCUUUAUUUUCCUCUCUUCUAGAUACAUCUUUAUUAUUUCUAAUUCUCACUUUAAGGACCUCUGAGAAUACCAAAAGCCCCACUCGGCUGGGGCCACAUGAGUAAUUCUUUUACCUGCACUCUCCCCCCCAAGCAGUUAUAUUCAAAGAACUGCUCCAUUCACUGGAAAGUGGGACGUCCCUGAGGGUCUAUCACUGAACCCAGUGCAGGGCACAGCAAUAUGUAGAAAUUCAUGUCUGGGCUGCUGUUUCUGGUCCUUUUAAUCCGCAUGGCCUGAUUGCUCAGUUAGUUUUCAAGUGUCUGAAGGAGAGGCAGGCUGCCCCAGGUAAAAGGGCGCUGGACUGGAUGUAGAGGCCAAAGCUGCCCCUGCUGCCUGCAAAAGAAGUUGUGCUGACCGGGAGCAGAGGCCGGAACCUGUCGUCUGUGCCUGGUGCUCAGAGGCAUGAUCUACGCGGAGACCAAGGCCAUCGCGUUACUAACGCUUCAGCAGUUAGGCUGGUAGGAUCGCUGAACGACUUCCGUAGGAAUCCUCUGCUCGGGUUAGGUCCUCCCAGCGUCAACCCCGCCCACUCCCGCUUCCCCGUUUCUCCUCCUCCCCUCUCAUCCUCUAGGCCCCCUCACAGAGCUCCCCACCCGAACUCUUGCGCCUCAGCAACCCCUCCCCCCUUUUGUUCCUGCGGAUCCAGCGAGCCAGGCUUUCUCCUUCUCUGGUCUCUCCUCCUCCUCUCCCCCUUGAAUCCAGUCCUGGUUUCCCCACCGCCAGCCUCUCUUUCCUCUCCGACUGGGCUAGCUCCCCGCCCCCGCCUCGCCCGUCGUCACCGCGGUGGGUUCAGCUCCUCGCCUACCCCACUUCCCAGGCUCCCGGGGCUUGGCUCGCCCAGUCCGGUGGCUCCAGUCCGGAUCUCGCUGCUGCCCGACCCGGGUACGAGUCCCAGCCGCUGGGGAGGAGGCGGCGGCUGGCCUCGGCUCCCCUCGGCCGCCUUGCCAGCCCGGGGUUGGCGGGGAGGGAGCAGCUGGGCAGCCCCCCGGAGCUCCUCGGAGGACAAUGCACCCAGCGCUCGGCAACCCCCGCUCGGUCUCGUCCUCAUCCGGCUCCUUCCCACCGCCCCCCGCCGCUGCCCGGCUGCAGCCCCUCUUCCUCCGGGGGGGUUCCUCCCGCGGCCGGAGAGGCUCGGGCGACAGCAGCACUAGCACCAGCACCAGCCGGGGGGGAGGCGGCGGCAGACGCGGCGGGGGCGGCGGCGGCUCCCCCAGCAGCAGCACCGGUGCCGAGAGAGAGGACGACGACGAGAGCAUCAGCAUCAGCAAGCCGCUGGUGCCAGCCACCGCCGCGGGCCUCCCGGGACCCCCGGCUCAGGGGGGCGCCCCAGCCGCCGACCCCGCGCCCGCCGCCUUCUCCUCCUCGGCCGCCACCUCCUCCUCCACCUCCACGCCCACCUCCUCCUGCAGCAUGACAGCCGCGGACUUCGGCGGGGGCGCUGCGGCCGGGGCCGUCGGGGGCCCCGGGGGCCGCUCAGCCGGGGGCGUGGGCGGCACCGGGACCGGCAGCGGCACCUCCUGCUGUUCGUGUUGCUGCUGCUGCGGCCGUCCGGCCCGGUCGGGCCGCAGGGGUCGGCGCCGAGGCUGCGCCCCCAGCCCGGGGUGCCGCUGGGGCUACCAGGCGCUGUCCGUGGUGCUGCUGCUGGCACAGGGCGGUCUGCUGGACCUGUACCUCAUCGCCGUCACCGACCUGUACUGGUGCUCCUGGAUCGCCACCGACCUGGUGGUGGUGGUGGGCUGGGCCAUUUUCUUCGCCAAGAACAGCCGGGGCCGUCGGGGCGGCGCGGCGAGCGGCGUGCACAACCACCACCAGCACCACCACCACGCCGCGCCGCCUCUACACCUGCCCGCCGCCUCGGCCGCCUCCGCCGGGGCUGCGGCGGGGGCCAAGGCGCGCGGCGGCCGCGGGGGUGCAGGUGGCCCGGGGGGCGGCCCGGGCGCUGCCGGGGCAGCGGGCGAGUUCGCCUUCGCCUAUCUGGCCUGGCUCAUCUACUCCAUCGCCUUCACGCCCAAGGUGGUGCUUAUCCUGGGCACGUCCAUCCUGGACCUCAUCGAGCUGCGCGCGCCCUUCGGCACCACGGGCUUCCGCCUCACCAUGGCGCUGUCCGUGCCCCUGCUCUACAGCCUGGUGCGGGCCAUCAGCGAGGCGGGCGCCCCCCCUGGCUCGGCGGGACCCCUGCUCCUGCAGCCCCAGCAGCACCGAGCCGCCGGCUGCUUCCUGGGCACGUGUCUGGACCUGCUCGACAGCUUCACCUUGGUGGAGCUGAUGCUGGAAGGCCGCGUGCCGCUACCCGCGCACCUGCGCUACCUGCUCAUCGCCGUCUACUUCCUCACCCUCGCCUCGCCGGUGCUCUGGCUCUAUGAGCUCAACGCCGCAGCGGCAGCUUCGUCCUGGGGCCAGGCUUCAGGGCCGGGCAGCUGUAGCCGCCUUCUGCGCCUGCUGGGCGGCUGCCUGGUGGACGUGCCCUUGCUGGCGCUGCGCUGCCUCCUGGUGGUGAGCUACCAGCAGCCGCUCUCCAUCUUCAUGCUCAAGAACCUCUUCUUCCUUGGCUGCCGCGGCCUGGAAGCCCUAGAGGGCUGUUGGGACCGGGGGAGUCGGGCCUCCCCCAAUCGGGGGAGAGGGGGCUACGGCCCUCCGCCCUCUGCCCCGCCACCGCCACCACCACCACCACCACCUCAGGGAGGCUCCCAGCUGGGCCAUUGCAUCUCGGAGAACGAGGGAGGUGCCCAUGGCUAUGUCAAUACCCUGGCCGUGGCAUCCCAGAAUUGAGGAGGGAUAAAGGAGAGGGGCUUGCUUUGGGGUUGAGAGACCCCAGCCCCUUGUCCCUUGACCGUCUAUCACCCAGAUUUAAUCAGGCUCUAUUUGGAAGACAGAACUGUUAAUAGGGCUAAGGGCCAGUGUGUCCUGCACCCCUUGGGUCAAGACUGGAGGGAGACCAGCAACUAAUGGUGAAGGAGGAAGGUCCACUUAUUACUACUAUAGUCUGCCUUCUCCAUGCCCUACCCUAACCUAGCCUCCAGGGGCCGGAUACCUCUGCUUCCUGCUUUUCCCACCACCAUCCUAAUUCCUGUCCAUUUUGGGGGAGAAUGGUAAAAAGGGGGUGCCCAGACAGGGGUGCUGGGCCUUAAGCCAUCCCCCUCGCUUGGAAGUGCCAGCUUCUUAUAGGCUGUGGUUAGUGGUCAUUGUCCCACGCCUUGAAACUGAUGCAGAAUCCACUGUUCCCCUGACGUGUCUUUUGGAUUUUUUUCCAGAUGGUAGAUGCAACGUCUGUGUUUGUCUGUGUGUGUAGUAUAGU